GUAUAACGUGGGGGCGGGAAAAUGUUCAAUCCAUUGUAUGGAUGGAUCUCUUGGGCAUCUUAUACCGUACCAUGUGUAUAGCUGCUCUCGGAGCAACAGAUCUGUCGGCUCAGGAGCUAUCAUGAUCAUCUUGGACUGAGCUAUAUUGGAGCCACGCUGAGCGAAUUCUUAAAAGCUCUGCAACCGGUUGCUCGUUUCGAGAUCGCUUGUUCCUUUCUUCUCGCGGAGACAUCGCUUGUGAGUGGAUCGCGGCUCAACACGGGCAGCACAAAGCGUUCGAACGGCAAGCUGGAUCACCCUCCGAGAUGGUCAAGUCGGAUAAACAGCUUCAGAUCCGCUUGACCGAGCCAGUAACCUUUCUCAAAGGUCCGACCACUGGUUUGGACUUUCGUGGAAGACCCCAGGUCAUCGGCACAGAUGCGCAACCUGCGCAGCUCCGUGGACUCUUAACACUUCGUCUCGCGAAGCCAACCAGGAUCAGAAAGAUUGAAAUAAAGCUGGAAGCUAAGACCAGGACAGAAUGGCCGGAGGGCAUUGGACCUCGACACAUGGAGACGCAUGAAGAGCGCCAGUUGAUGAAAGAAACGACCACUUUCUUCUCGGCUUUAGAAGAGGCGGGAUCCAGGUCCCGUUCAACUCGCCGACCAGCAUCUGUAGGACCAGGAGGAAUCGAUGCAUCUCAGUACGAUAUCUCGCCUGGCGAAGAUGCAGGUGAGGAGGCGAUCUUGAAUCUGGAUGAGGCCGAGUACGAGGACGGAUGGAUGAUGCCUGAGUCUUCGUCCAUGGCUCGGAGUGCAAGCGCGUUACCAGGGACGCACGACCGAUCAUCCUGGCACAGAGAUGGAUUCUCUCGUCGCCCUUCUUUCGAUGAGGAGGAUCUGGAUGACGACGGAGAAUUGACGUCGAGGCUGAGAGAUCUCAACAUACAUCCCAAUGAACCUUCUCCAGCGUACACACCCCUACCUAGUGGCCAAAACUCCCGACGACCCUCUUUCAAUCGUUCACCCAGAUCUAGCCAUUCUCCUCUGCCACCUUCACGAGAACCCGACUUGACACCCAUUGCAUCAGCGACGACCAGUCGAGCUCCAUCUAAUCGUGAUGGUAGCACUUCCACCGAGCGAAGGUCGAAUCUGGUCCAUCAUCCUGCUACAACCUUGCCAACAGUGGCCAAUGAAGACGAAGAGGGCAUCGAGGAAGAACCGACAUCCAGUGAAGUCACUCGUCGCAUCGGUCAACGACGUGAUACGAUUCCAGGAGCGUCUAUACUUCAUCACCACGAUUCUCAACAUCCACACCACAGUAACAGAGGCUCCGUCUGCUUUGCCGAUGGAAGUCAGACUCAUAGUGACAUCCCCGCUACAACCUCGGCCAUGUCACCAGAGCCAGCUUCACAGCGGGCUGCCUCCGUGCGAACUAUGCAGUCUGAUCACUCCGCAUCGUCUCCAUCACUUAGGCACGAGCAACUCCCUACAAUGAGCCGAACCACGAGUAACCAGACCCCUGCUCCGGACCGCUCAGUUGCAGUUGUCACAGCACACAACUCUCCUAAUGCCUCCACCGACGCAAUCUUCAGAGAUGACUCGCGACUUCCGCCACCGCCAGCACGUACAGAUUCGGGGUCGGCGCCAAUGGUUGCCUCGCCCAUGAGCGAGCGAGCUCAGGCUUUCGGGGAUGUACCAGCCCCGAAUUCUGAGUCUAGCGCACGGGUAGUGAGCAAUGCGGAUCCUCCCACUGCGCAGCGGUCUCGCCAAGGAUCUCGCAUUGGCUCUGGGGUCUCCAUGGUACUGAACAGCCGCCGGGGAUCUUCGAGUCAACCUGAGGAUCUCCAUCGGCCCCCGCUGGCCAUCGAGAACCGACACAUAUCUGAGUCGUCAUCCCGAUCCGUUUCUUUCUCCACGCAGCGUACUGCUGGUGAUCAGUCGAGACGAGCCAGCCAGACACUGCCUGCUGCGGAGCUAGAAGAUAAUAGAGGUAGGAGAUCAUCCAGAUUCAGUUUGUCUGCCGCUCUCGGUGCAGUGAAAGACAGGGUUUCCUCAAAAUCCAGGUCGAGAAAUCCUUCUCGCCAAGCCUCGCGCUCUGCAUCUGUCGCUUCAAUUCAACCGUCAGGUCUGCCAAUGGAGCGGAUCGGCUCGAACGCCUCGUUAUCGCGGUUCGGAGCUCACCAUGAAGAUGACGGCCUUCCCGCCCGGGGAGGUUCUCGUCCCGGAAGGUCGAGAGAUCGCACGCGCAGCCCUGGGCGAAUUGAUAGAGAAGGAGCAUCUCGUACGCGAGAUCACGAUGAUCGGAGCCCAAGCAGAGCGCGGGGCAGACAUAAGGGCAUGAAAGUGCUGACUGAUGCACUCGGUAUUGGAGAGCAUCCUGCGGAUGAGGAGGAUAUACAUAAUUGGAAGGAAUUCCGCAAAGGGACGUACAACUACCCGAUCUCCUUCACCAUCCCCGUUGGAUCCCCUCCCACGCUCCACACCGAGUUUGGUUCUGUAAUCUACAAGCUCAAAGCGACUGUUGUCCGGGUUGGCGCUUUGACGCCGAAUUUGACAGAAGAUACCGAAGUCAUCAUCGUUGCUAGUCCCUCGGAGGAUGACAUGGAAGAGACCGACAACAUCGUCGUCGAAAGACAAUGGGAGGACCAAUUGAGGUAUCUGAUAAAUCUCGGCGGCAGAGCAGUCCCGAUCGGGGGGACAAUACCAAUAAGCAUCCGCCUGAUGCCACUUUCGAAGUGCAAAGUCCAUAGACUGAGCGCCAUACUCGAGGAGAAAAUUGACUAUUAUGCUCACGGAAAACGCAUCACUCGACAUGAAACGCCGCGAAAGUUUGUCCUCAUGUUUGUGAAGCAGCACGAUAAAUACAUGGGCGAAUUACCUCUCCUUCCCAUCUUAUCUGACGAUCCGAACGCUGCUAGAGAUUCCCCUUUGGCCUCGCUUGCCGCCCAAGCCGCGCAGAGCAAUCCGCCACCUGAUCUGGACGAGGCAGAAAGCAAAGAUUGGCAAUACGCUCAGUUGAUGGACCCGAUGGGUCCUUGGCACUUUGAGAAAUCGCUUCACAUACCAGAUUGUGCCAGUAUGAUUAAAGUCACCAGCAAGCAUGAGAAGACGAGCAUCGUGGUGUCUCACUUCCUUAAAGUCACCAUUCGGGUCGAACGGGGAGAUGAUCUGGCUCUGGAUGCCAAGGGGAAGAGGAAGCAAUUUGAUAUUAUUAUCGAUACACCCAUCAAAAUUCUCGAUUGCCGUGUCAAUCCUUCGUAUAACUCGUUGCCGACAUACGCGGCAAACAAUCCGGCCAGUGCUCCGACCGCAGGCGUUUGCUCGGUUCAUGGAGGAAACCGAAAUCGGACUGAGAGUGCCCUGCUUGCACUCCGUGCGCAGCCAACUGGAAGCAGUACCGACCCGAUGAUCGCCGCCGCAAUGGCCAUUUCUCGAGGGCCAUCGUCAUUUGAACGGGAUGUAACAUAUCAUCAAUCCGCUUCGAGGAAAGCAAAGGAUAAAGAAAGAUCAACCAACGAUGACACUUUGCUUGAGCGCAACAUUGUGUACGAUCGAUUGAUGAGCGGGCAAGAGACCGAAACUGGAGAGGUCCCUCCGACGUAUGGUCAAGCAGUGGCCAAUGCCAUUCGCGCGGCCAGUCGGAGUGCAAGCAGGCAUGGAUUCAGCAGGGAUGCAGACAGGGGUAACUCGAGGCCGGUAUCAACUGCGGUCAGUCGACGCAACAGUAUGGACAUGGAUAGGACGAGUUGAUGAUGCCGCACACGUUUAGCAGUUUGAAAAGCAUGGUAUAAUCUACUACCAAGGUUAAUAUGAAUGCAUAGGGAUAC